AUGGCUGCACAACAACAAGAACUAGAUGAGAAGAACCCAUUCUAUGAGUUAGUAGUCAUUUGUAGUACUUCUGGUCAAUUUGACCAAACCGUCAAUUCGUUCAAAGAUAUUAUAAAGAAGUCUAAGUUAGUAUGUAUAAAGGAUACUGAGUUGUUAGAUUGGAUAAAGAAGUACCAAAGAAGAGUUUUGAAGUAUAAUGCUAUAAAUGAGUAUAUAAAUUCUAAGUUCAAAGACCCUAAUGAGGAAAUGCAGAGAAUAUUAGAGAAGAAACACUUCAGAAACAAACAGAAAGAGAUAGAAUACAUUUCGAAGAAAUUGCAAUCUUACGAUUGGAAGACAUACCCUCAUAGGUGUCUUCUUAUCUUAGAUGAUUUCGCCUCUCAUCCUUUGCUUAAGAACAGAGAACAAGAUAUGUGUCGAAUUCUUAAGAAGCUCAGACACUUUAACAUCUCAGUUGUCAUUUGUGUACAGACAGCAAAGAGUUUAAGUAAGGAUGUUAAAAGAAUACUUACUGACAUUAUACUUUUCCCUGGAUUGUCCGAAGACGAUUUCAUGGAACUUAUGAAAGAGUCCAUGGCAGGUAAGUUUGACAGACAUGAACUAUGGGAGAAGUACAAAGUCAUACAAGACCCUCAUACUUCUUUCAGAAUUCAUAUCUACGCAAACAAAGUUCAAAUUGUAAAAAGUCAAGCUUGA